CCGUGAAUCUGAUCAUCCUAGGGCCACGCUUGUUGCACUUCACCAUAUGCAACCAAGACUCUUCCUGUGGCUUUUCUUCCUCUCGUCCCUCCUCAAUUUCCAACACAAAAAUUUCCUUACCCUUGCACUUGUGGCCUGGCGCAAAUUUCUCGUUGCAAGUAAAGCACAAGCCUUUUUCUCUUCGCCUUUGUAUAUCAUCCUCCGUCAGCCGUCGGUAGUUGCUAGUGGUGCGUGUUCCAUUGCCGACUGUUGUCUUGACCUCGGCCUGUGGGAGCGUAUCGUCGACCGCGACGCUCGCGCGCCGAGCGUCCGUGCGCCCCUCGCUCGGUCUGGCCCUGCGCACUGCCGCGAGAUGAUCCUCGUGCAGUCGCGCUGCUUCCAUGGCAGCCCUU